AUGGGUAAGGAUAAAGUUUUUAACGUUGCCGUGUUCUUUGUGGUGUUCAGAGAGUGUUUGGAAGCAGCUGUGAUUGUUUCCGUGUUGCUUUCUUUCUUGAAGCAGUCCAUCGGUGCCAACGAUGUUGCGACAUAUAAGAAAUUGAGGUUACACGUGUGGGUAGGGGUGGCCCUGGGGUUGAUUAUUUGUUUAGCCAUCGGUGGUGGUUUCAUCGGUGCAUACUAUGUAUACAAGAACGAUAUUUUCGGUUCUGCUGAAGAUUUGUGGGAAGGUGUCUUCUGUAUGAUUGCUACCAUCAUGAUUUCCGUCAUGGGUAUUGCCAUGUUGAGAGUGAACAAGAUGCAAGCCAAGUGGAGAGUCAAGAUCGCCAAGGCCAUGAUCGAAUUGCCAUCCGACAAGCGUCAAAAAUGGAGCAUCAAGUACUGGGCCACCAAGUACUCCAUGUUCUUGCUUCCAUUCAUUACCGUUCUAAGAGAAGGUUUGGAAGCCGUUGUGUUCGUUGCUGGUGCUGGUGUUACUACAACUGGUUCUAAGGCUUCUGCCUACCCAUUGCCUGUUGUCAUUGGUUUGAUUUGUGGUUUGGCCUGUGGUAUGCUAUUGUACUACGGUGGUUCCAAGUCAUCGCUACAAAUUUUCUUGGUCAUCUCGACCUGUAUUCUAUAUUUGAUCUCUGCUGGUCUAUUCUCCAGAGGUGUCUGGUACUUCGACAACUACUACUUCAACCAAAAGUCCGGUGGUGACGCUUCCGAAGGUGGUGACGGUAACGGUUCUUACAACAUCAACAGAGCCGUUUACCACGUCAACUGUUGUAACCCAGAAUUGGACAACGGUUGGGAUAUCUUCAACGCUUUGCUCGGCUGGCAAAACACUGGUUACUUGUCCUCCAUGUUGGCUUACAACUUCUACUGGAUCCUGGUGAUGAUUGUUGUUGGUUUGAUGAUGUUCGAAGAAAGAAAGGGUCACUUGCCAUUCUGCAAGAACUUGACUUUGAAGCAAUUGAAGCCAUCAUACUACUUGAAGCGUAAGCAAAACGAGGAACUAACCAAGGAGGAACAAGACAUUUUGUUCAGCAAGAUGCAAAACUUGGCUGUCGACCAAAACGGUCAAGUCUAUACCAAGGACAACGCCGAGAACGACGAAAACAGUGACCUUUCUAACAAGGUUGAAAGCACACAAGUUCAAGUUGAACCAGUUAAAUAA